CCAUCUGGCUACCUUUUUUUUGCUGCAGGCUGCUCACUUUACCGUUUCCUCUAUUCUGUCGUUCCCACGAGCACGGCCAGUUCAGUCUCCACAGCAACCUUACCUCCUAUCGCAUACCCUCCUGCCAUAAUGGCUUCUACUGCUCUUCAAACAGCAGCCUCCGUGGCGUCUCCCUGCCUAUCUUACAAGGCGGGGUCCAAGUCACAAGCAGCUCGUUCAUCACUACCAGCUCUCCCACUCAGGAGCCUGUCCUCCCUCUCCCAGUCCUCCGCCUUCCACCAAGCCUGCGCCCGAGCCUCGGCCUCCCGAGCCAGCAGCCUCGGCGUCAGCCGCAGGGGAGGCGUGGUGGUGCGCGCCAUGGCGUCUGACGGCGGGUCCGGCGGCGCCGGCGGCGGAGUGGACAUCUGGAUCGGGCGGUUGGCGAUGAUGGGCUUCGUGGGCGCGGUGGUGAUGGAGGUGGUCACCGGCAAGGGAUUGCUCGAGCUGAUUGGAGUGCCCACACCUCUGCCCGCCCUGGCUCUUGUUAUCGUGGCUGCAACUGGUGCUUUCACUGCCUUCGGCGUCUUCCGCUCCUCCCAAGACUAAAACUCUUGCCUGACCUAUGGAUGGAAAAGUGAUGCCUCUUGUAAAUGUGGCACGGUGUGGUCUGGAAUGCGUUUUUGUACAAUGUGGCGUCUGAUUGCCAGGGUACAUACAACCUGGAAGUGCCUGUUAAUUACUAGAUCACUCUUUCCUGUACUGUGGGCGCCGGUGGCACUAAAACGCCAAUUGGAACAAAUGUUGAGUUGAAUG